AUGGCGUCGGACAGCGACGGUGAGGAGGACUUCGUGAGUUUCGGGACUCCUCUGGAGCCUCUGGAGGAAGACGAGCCGCUGAAGAAGCCCGUCCCGCUGCACGAGCAGACGGUGAAGGACGAGAAGGGUCGAUAUCAGAGGUUUCACGGAGCGUUCACCGGAGGGUUUUCAGCCGGAUAUUUCAACACCGUCGGCACGAAAGAGGGCUGGACCCCGUCAACCUUUGUGUCGUCACGGCAACAGAAAGCAGAGAAACAUCAUGCCAGACCAGAAGAUUUCAUGGAUGAGGAGGAUUUUGGCGAGCACGGCAUCGCUCCCAGAGAGAUCACCACCAGCCUCGAGUUCUCGUCCGGCCGCAGAGACGCCACCAGAGAGAAGGCGAGAGCCGUCAGCGCUCAGGCGGCGCUCAUCCCCGGAGACACGCUGCUGGAGGAGCUCAUCGCACCGGCCAG